AUGAAAAAUCUAAUUUCUCAAACACCUAAUCAAAUGAUUUACUCGGAAAAUGCUGGUUAUCUACCUUAUGAUGAUGAUAGUAGAGUAACAAAUGAUGCUGGAUAUUUUGAUGUAAAUAUUUCACUAAGUAUGAUUAUUGGUUUUGCUGAAGACUAUCGAAAGAUUGUUGUAAAUGCAAAACAUGAACUUAUUUUAACAAGAUCUCGUACUGAUCUCAAUGCUGUAGUAAACAUUGGAGCAGCUGAGCGUGAAGAAUUUAAAAUUUUAAUUAAUAAAGUUGAAUGGUUGAUUCCAUAUUUAAUGGUAAAUGAUCGCCAAAAAAUUGAAUUAUUGAAAUUCAUUGAAAAAGACUCACUUAUAACAAUGAGUUUUAGAUCAUGGGAUUUAUAUGAGUAUCCUAUGAUUCCUGCCACUCAAAAGCAUGUGUGGACUGUAAAAACUUCAACACAAGUUGAAAAACCUCGAUAUGUUAUUCUUGGUUUUCAAACAAAUCGAAAAGAAGAUCAAGGAAGGUAUGCAAAUUUAUUUAAUGCCUGUAAUCUUCACAAUGUUAAACUUUUCUUAAACUCACAGUACUAUCCUUAUGGAAAUUUAAAUUUUACUCAUAACAAAUUUUCCAUACUAUAUGAUAUGUAUUGUAAUUUUCAACCAUCCUACUAUGGAAAAGAAUCUGAACCUUUAUUAACUAGAAAUAACUUUAAAGAUUAUGCACCAUUGGCUGUUAUUGAUUGCUCAAAACAAAACGAAUUUCUAAAACAAGCAUCUGUAGAUGUGCGAUUGGAAUUUGAAGCAAAUGAAAAUUUUCCAGCCAAUACAGCUGCAUAUUGCCUUAUAAUUCACGACCGCAUUAUACAGUAUACACCAAUCAGCGGCAUUGUUAAAAAAGUAACGUGA